AUGCGAUUGGAACCAUGUAUCAAUGCAAUGAACAUGGAAGCAAUGGUUGCAUAUGGGCAGCUUUCGGCACCUUUGGCCCUUCAUCACUUCUUGGAGGCACACCACACAGUAUGGGACGAAAGCAGCACUGGACAUGUCCUUGUUGCGAGGAUUUGGAUGGUAAAUAUUGAGCAUUGUGCUGUGCCUGAAAACUUUUGCAUAAAGACGGACGGCGAAGACGAUUGUUGCGGUGACAAUGGUAUUUUUCCAGCUGCCUGUUGUGGUGGUUAUGGAGCUUGCUAUUUUGCCCAUCAUCCCCAUUAA